AUGAGACGCAAAACACUGCGCUCUGUCUUCCACCUCACCGUUCUGAGCGGUAUCUUCCUCCUCCUCUUCCUCAACCGCCCAACCUCCCGCAUCAAAACCUUCCCAUGGACACACAUCCGCUACAAAUCCUCAUCCCCCAUCCCGCCGUCCCGUGGAAAAUGCCCCGGCCUGAGAAAAACCACCAAACCAGCCCUGGUGGUCUCGCGCGUCACAGCAGACGGUGACCCCUCCUGGCUCGACCCCCUCUCCAACAUCUACCACCUCUGCAUCUACACCGUCGACAGUCCCAACCCCACCGCAUCCACGCUCCAAGUCCCCGCAAACCGCGGCCACGAGGCAAUGGCCUACCUCACCUUCCUGAUAGACAACUACGAGUCCAUCCCCGCCGCAGGCGCCGUCUUCGUACACGGCUCCCGCUUCGCCUGGCACAACGAUCACCCGGCCUACGAUAACGCCGCGCUCCUCGCCUCGCUCAACAUCCCCGCUGCGCUGGAACCACACGGGUACCAUAAUCUCCGCUGCGACUGGAGCGUGAGCACGUGCGCCGCGUCGGCCGCGCCGCAGGGCAGUCUGGAGAAUCGGGUACAGUCUGUGCUGGAGCCGUGGAGUGCGCGCGCGGCGUCGGAUACGGCGCUGCCGGCGGCGCUGGGGUUGUUGUUUGGUGGGGAUGAGCGGGAGGGGUAUCUUGCUGCGACGCUCGGGCAGAACGAUGCGGUGCGGUCGCAGUGCUGUGCGCAGUUUGUUGUCGCGAGGGAGAAUAUCUGGCGGCAUUCGCGGGGGGAGUAUGUUGCGUUGCGGCAGUGGUUGCUUGAUGGGAUGGGGGCUGGUUCUUCGCGGCGAAGGGGAGCGGCCCCGCCGGAUGAUAGGGUUGCUGGGCGGAUUUUGUCAUAUAUAUGGCAUAUUCUGUUUAUUGCCCCGGAGCAUCUGGGGACAGGGGCUGGGGAUGGGGUGGAUUUGGGGCGGUUGAAUGAGCAGGCGUGCCCGAAGGCCGAUGAGUGUUAUUGUCGGUUGUACGGACGGUGUGAUUUGCGAUGUACAAGUCCAGGGAGUUGUCAGGGGGCGUAUACUUUGCCCAAGGAUUUGAAGUUACCGGCCAACUGGGCAGAAACCCAUUCACAUCUUAAAUGA